GGUGCUGUGCUGUGGGGAAGGGAGACGGAUUUGUAAACCUCGGAGCGAGGUUCUGCAUACCCGAGGCCGCUGCUGUGCGGAGACCCCAGGGGAAACCACCGUCACCAUGUCUGACCAGGAGGCAAAACCUUCAACUGAGGACUUGGGGGAUAAGAAGGAAGGAGACUAUGUUAAACUCAAAGUCAUCGGACAGGAUAGCAGUGAGAUUCACUUCAAAGUGAAAAUGACAACACAUCUCAAGAAACUCAAAGAAUCAUACUGUCAAAGACAGGGAGUUCCCAUGAAUUCACUCAGGUUUCUCUUUGAAGGUCAGAGAAUUGCUGAUAAUCACACUCCAAAAGAAUUGGGAAUGGAGGAAGAAGAUGUGAUUGAAGUUUAUCAGGAACAAACAGGGGGUCGUUCAACAACUCAGAUAUUUUUAUUUUUUUUCUUUUCCCUUAAUCCUUUUUUAUUUUUUAAAAUAGUUCUUUUGUAAUGUGGUGUUCAAAACAGAAUUGAAAACUGGCAUCCCAUCUCUUUAGAACAUCUGGUAAUUUGAAUUCUAGUGCUCAUUUUUCAUUAUUGUUUGUUUUCAUUGUGCUGAUUUUUGGUGAUCAAACCUCAGCCCCAUUCAUAUCACCCUCUCCUUUUUAAAAAUUACGUGUGUGCACAGAAAGCCCGCCUUUUCCAGGACUGUGCAUUUAUAGGCUUGUGAUAAAUAAGAUUGACUAAUGUGAGUGUUCAUAAUGACUUUCCAAUUGGCCCUGAAGUUCUAGCAUGUGAUCGCUUCACUCCUGGACUGUGACUUUCAGUGGGAGAUGGAAGUGUUUCAGAGAACUGAACUGUGGAAAAAUGACCUUUCCUUAACUUGAAGCUACUUUUAGAAUCUGAGCGUCUGGACCAAAAGAAGAGGAAUAUCAGGUUGGAG